GACGGGCAAAAAAGACGCUCUUGUGCGCAGCCUGCAUGCGCGCCUCCUCCAAGGAUGACCAGACGCGCGCAUGCAGCCUCGUCCGCUUCAAUCCAAUGUGAUCAUACUAACAUCUUUGUCUCCUUGUGGCCUUUAAACUCAUUCCCAACCCUCUUUUUCUCCUUUUAUUCCUUGACGGAGAGUGUGGAUUGUGGUGAUCUGUAAGCUGCCACCAUCGUUUUAGACCCCCGCGUUGCGUUGGCGCUGCGGAAUAACCGACAAGAAGAAAAAGAAGAAGAAGAAGAAGAAGAAGAGGGCAGGAUAUUUUUUUUUUUUUUUUUUUUUUGUGCGUGUGAAAAAAAAAAGAAGAGACGAGCUGAUGGGGACGUUGAGGGAAAACAUCGACCGUAUACGCCGCAACAUCGAGUGAGAAGAAACAAACAGCCUCUGCAGAGAAGAGAAGGCUUCCAGGGGCGACAAUCCCCUCCCAAACAUCAUUUUUUACACUAAUAACUGUCAUGGGAGCAAAAAAAAAAGACAUGCUUUCUGAAAAUGACAUGUAAGAAAGAACAAGGCGCUUGGUAGUCAAAGAAGCAUGAGCCAAGUGAAAUAAGAAUAUAUUCAUGAUAGUCUUUUAAUAUAACAUUACACCCUUCUUUCUAAAUUAUUAAGCGGUCUACUUGAAGGAGAAACACAGCAAAAGAGCAUUAAAUAUGAACAUGAACGCAAGCAUUUAAAUUCUCCGAUUUGGAGGUGAUUUGUCAGCAUCAUACAGCAGUCGGGGUGGGUCAUGACUCAGUUGCCAUGCGUGUUGUCAUGGUGACCAGCCCCUGUACCCCUUCCCCCCUCCUCUGGUUGGUCCACCUUUUGUUGUGGUUCCACAACCAUGGACCUGAGCUGACAGAGGCAGCACCCCCAUGCCCCACCCCCUGUAGUUGCUCCAAUCAGGCGAGCCGUGUCAUCUGUACAAGGAAGAGUCUAGAUCAAGUCCCGGACAGUAUUUCGGAGAACACAAGAUACCUCAAUCUACAAGAGAACACAAUUCAGGUGAUAAAGUCUGACACCUUUAAGCACCUGCGGCAUUUGGAAAUCCUCCAGCUCUCCAAGAACCACAUCCGACAGAUCGAGGUGGGGGCGUUCAAUGGACUGCCAAACCUCAACACGCUGGAGCUUUUCGACAACCGUCUCACCGUGGUACCGUCACAGGCCUUUGAGUACCUCAGCAAGCUAAGGGAACUAUGGCUACGGAACAACCCCAUCGAGACACUGCCGGCGUUUGCAUUUCACCGCGUUCCCUCUUUACGCCGUCUCGAUCUCGGGGAGCUCAGGAAACUGGAUUUCAUCUCAGAGGCGGCCUUCGAAGGUCUGGUCAACUUGCGCUUUUUGAAUCUGGGCAUGUGCGGCUUAAAGGACAUCCCUAACCUCACCCCGCUCGUACGACUAGAGGAGUUGGAGUUGUCCGGGAACCAGUUGGGGAUUGUCCGGCCCGGAUCCUUCCAGGGCCUGGUGUCACUUCGCAAGCUGUGGCUCAUGCACUCCAGAGUGUCUGUUAUUGAACGCAACGCCUUUGAUGACCUAAAGAGCUUGGAGGAGCUCAACCUUUCCCACAAUUCCCUUCAUUCGCUGCCUCAUGACCUCUUCACGCCUUUGCACCAGUUGGAGAGGGUGCAUCUCAAUCACAACCCGUGGGUGUGCAACUGUGACGUUCUGUGGCUCAGCUGGUGGCUUAAAGAAACGGUUCCUAGCAACACAACAUGUUGUGCCCGGUGUCACGCACCCCCUGGUCUGAAGGGAAAGUACAUCGGCGAACUGGACCAGAGCCAUUUCACCUGCUACGCACCAGUCAUUGUGGAGCCGCCCACUGACCUCAACGUCACCGAGGGCAUGGCGGCAGAGCUGAAAUGCCGCACGGGGACCUCCAUGACCUCCGUGAACUGGUUCACUCCCAACGGCACUCUGAUGACCCACGGAUCGUACCGCGUGAGGAUCUCCGUGCUCCACGACGGAACGCUCAACUUCACCAACGUGACUGUGCAGGACACGGGCCAGUACACAUGCAUGGUGACCAACUCCGCUGGCAACACCACCGCCACCGCCGUGCUCAACGUAUCCGCUUCAGACCCCAGCAACAGCUACAGCUAUUUUACCACCGUCACAGUGGAGACAGUCGAGACAGUGGGAGGAGGGGACGAUAAGAACUCAGCAAUGCAGUACAUUAACGAGACCUUCAUAGGUUUCCCUAAUCCUACUGUUGAAAGAGGUUUAGAUGGCAUCACUAUAUCCCCUUCUCUCUCUUCUCUGUCCUCACUGUCCCCACGAGCGAACAGAGCCACUGAAAAUGCAGUGACUGUAUCCAACAUCGAUGUAACUAACAUUCCGGGCCUGGAUGAUGUAAUGAAAACCACCAAGAUCAUCAUUGGCUGCUUCGUGGCCAUUACUUUUAUGGCAGCUGUAAUGUUGGUGGUCUUCUAUAAGCUCCGCAAGCAACACCAGCUGCACAAGCACCAUGGCCCAGCCAGAGCCAUCGAGAUCGUCAAUGUGGAGGAUGAGAUUGGAGCCGGAGCUGGAAGCGGCAUUUCAGGCGGGUCUACAAUGAAUACAGGCAGUGGCGGAGAAGGAACCCUAAGGAUACAUCAUCCUGAAAUAGUUAACCUUCCCAACAUUGGACGUUCAGACACACUGAACCAUUACUAUAAGACCCAUCAUUACAACAACAAUGUGAUGGGGCUUAGUAUUGGUAGCGAAGGAAUGGGACCCGGAGGGAUGCUUGGUAACAAACACCACCAAGGCCAGGAAAUCCCCAUCUCCUGCACCCCUGUCCCCAUCUCCACGUCCAGCCUCCUCACAUCUUCAGGAAAUGGCACCAACAUCAACCCAAGCUCUAUGUCCCCGCCUCUGCCCAUGUCUCUCCCAAUGCCCACCAUGGGCCUACACGGAUCAAUUAAAGGUUUCAUGGGCCAGAAUCAGAACCCCCAAAUGGAGCCUCUUCUCUUUAAGGGGAACUCAAAGGAAAAUGUCCAGGAGACUCAGAUCUAAAAGCGCGAGAAUGGCGCUAGAGGGACAGAGAGAGAAUUCAUGUUGGGUUUAUGCUGGGAAUGAUUAGACACUAGAGUGCAUUGACUUUGACACCAGGAGACAGGAUAGACGUGCCACGGCAACACAAAAACAGAGAGACUCGUCCGUGGUGGCGUACUGAGCCAAGGAUUACCACAGUGGUUCACUUGUGUUUGUAGUAACGCUCAUGGCCAAGCAGAUCAAGGAAUGGACAUUGCUACAAUGUAAAUCUGUGCCAAAGCAAAUGUUUUUUUGCAUUCUCUCCAAACCGUGUUGUCAUUGGGGAAAAACAACAAGUCUUUGGGAGUAAUCGGUCCUCAAAUCACUGUUGGCUGGCAGAGAUGGAAGACACGCACACUAGUACUUAACAUGCAGAAGAUGGCUGAGAUUAUGGAACGAAAUCCCAGAGACAUUUUUCUUGACGAAAAGAAGGCGCGCUAAAGUGACUCAAUAGACUCCCUGAAGGUGACAAUAAUCUAGGCAUAAAUAGAUGGACAAAAAGGUACAGUGCAGUACAAACUACUGUGAAAAAUCCACAAAUUAUAUAAAUAUAUUUUCAUUUAAAUAUGUAUCAUUGCAGACUCCGACGCAGAGAUAUUUUGGGGUGGAUGUACAUGCCGGUAGAGUUUGUUCCUAUGUGACCUAAGACGGGCGGCGACUGGGGGAGGUUGGCUAUGGUACAUGUUUUCAGUUUGGCUACUUCUCAGAGAACAUAAGGGCUCAAUUGCAACACUCAUUGUGGAUCUUUGAAUUGGCUUUGUGACAUAAAGUCUAUUUAGGUUGUAGUACAGUAAAUGCAGAUAUCUGUUUGACAAACUUCUGUCUGUUGCUUCAGUAGUAAUCAUUACACAUUUUUUUGUGUUUCCGAGGGUGUAUUAUGUAUUUUGUAACAACCAGCUUCUUGGUAUUUGAAUCGUAUCAAUUCUGACAAUGCCAUAACUAAUGUUUCACAGACAGGGAGAGGUUAAUCCAAUGCAAAGACCUGUAUGGCGAAAAAUAAAGUGUUGACUUAUUUGUGUUAUUUGAAGGAGAUCCGUAGCCAGGAAUUUGAUAUGACCUCCUCGCUCAUGGUGACUGUAAUCACGCCAUAAACGCCCUCAUUAUGACGAUUCGACAUCUCUCUUCAGUCGCAUUCGAGAAAGGAUCGAACAUCCUCCCUAGGACGAUUUAGAAUGAAUGGAAAUGUACAGUAUAUCAAUAAUAACAAUGUCUGGUUGUAUGACAAUUGUAAGAACUGCAUUUUUACAGUGUAACUUUCAUAUGUUCGAUUGCCAUUUGCGCUUCUCGCGUUUCAACUAUGUAUUUCUUUAUUUUUGUUAGUUUGAUAUAAUGUGUACAGUUGUCUAGCCAUGUAUCAUUAAGUGUGAAAUAAAUGAAUCAUAUAUUGGAUUGUGGCGGCUCAAUACGGCAACACGCGAUGGGAAAACUGUGGAGGAAACCUGUGCUAAACCUGGACUGAAGCGUCGGGCUUGUGGUUCCGCCAUUAGUCAUAGCGCUAAUGAAAAGUGUCACCUGCCCUAUUAACAUCACGACAGCCUAUUCGUCACUCUCCUAUACACAGUAUUUAUAUGUUUUCAACACAAGGUGCAUCUUUUUCAUUUACGUACAAUUUUUCAACACUACAGUAGUUUGGUUAGAAUUUGACAGAGCGGGAAGGUAAAAUGUUUGUUGCAAUUGAGCACAGGCUGGAUGUGUGUGAAUGCUUGAGAGACGAAGCGUUGGCACUAAUGCUAUUUUGCGUAAUUACCCCCCUCCCCCUCCUCAUUAACUAAUGUUUAUUUAUUUAUUCCAACUUGUUCAAAGAAUAAACAGUUGACUUUA